AUGAUCACCGAAGCCAUCUCGAAGCUCGGAGCCCUGCCGGGGGACGGAGCAUCAGCGUCGUCGUCGUCGUCAUCGUCCGGGGCUGGUCUAGACGGAUCAGGUGCUUUGACCAACUACCGCUUCGGGUCCCUCGAUCCCUUCGACUCCUAUCCACAGACCAGGCUUCCCCGGGAGCAGGUUCAACGUUUGAUACAUAGCUUUCUCCACAAGAUCGCGUUCGAAUACUACCCCCUGGACCUGAGCGCGACGUCGAACCCUUUCCUCGUCUCGUGGUGGCCGCUGGCCCUCGGCGAUCCGGCGCUGUUCCACGAGUUGCUCGCCCAGAAGGGUUUCCAGUCCUCCGAGAUCCUGAUGGCCGACUCAGUGGCUUUAUUGCGACGCAAAGUCGAAGACACGUCACUGGCGAUACAGGACGGAACGAUGAACUCUGUCAUCACCUUGGCGGCAAUUGAGUUCGACAAGGGCAACACUCGGGUCAGCACGAUGCACGUCGCGGGGGUGAAGAAGCUGGUCGAUAUGAGAGGCGGCAUCAACGCAGUGAGGCAAACCAGCCCGCUCACUGCGAGAAUGGUCAGCUGGGUGUCAAUGAUCGUCACGGGCCAGCCCCAGUUCGAGACGCAAGACGACGCCGGGAUAGGCGAUGGGGUUCCUCCUCCCCCAGAAUGGCAACUCGACUCGGCCGCCUUCCACGAAGACAUCUCAGAGCUGGGUGGCGUCGAGAUUGACUACAUCGUCAGAGAAGUGGCGGUGCGCCUGCGCAAUAUCUUUCGACGGGCGCAAAAUGUGUCUCUCACACCUACACGCCUUCACGACCUCACAUGCUUUGUCAUGCAUCGGUUACUACUGUCGAUGCCGAGUGGAAUGCACACCCAGUCUCCAGUUUCCGAGUGCGUACGCAACGCCAUUAUACUCUACAUGUUUAUCAUCCAAGGGCCGACGUAUUACUCGCAUACGGUGAUGUUUAACACCAUUUUGGGUCGGUUCAUGAACCACCUCAAGCAACUACAUGCAACACCGCAUCAAUACGACUCCCUAGAUGUCUGGCUGCUGACCAUAGGCAUGGCGGCCUCAUAUGGAACCGAGCAUUAUGAAUGGAUUACAAAGAGGGUAAGAGAUGUUGUCCAUGCAACGCAGUUGACCUGCUGGGACGACGCUCUUGUUCAUGCUCGACGCCUUGUAUGGUUGGAAACAUGCCGCAGCGACGAAGCCUUCAGGCACCACUGGGCUGCCUUCUCUGGUGUUGCAAGCCAACCGCCGUUUAGACAUAGUCUAUUGCCCGUGGCAUAG